AUGGUCGAAACUCCUGAACAAGUUGCAGCACGACUUAGGACUCUCGAGCAACUAACUCAAAAAUUUGGAUUAAUACUUCAAAACCAGCUCAACAACAACCACCAUGGAGAUGAUCCGCAAGCUGCAAUGGCGAAAAAGAUUUCCGCUUUGAAACCAUCAACCUUUGUUAGUAGAGAAGACCCAUUACUUCUCCAAAAUUGGAUAAGAGACUUCGAAAAGAUUUUCACGACCACGGGUACGCCUGAUGCCCAGAAAGUAGACCAAGCGACCUUUUACUUACACGAGGACACUGAUACUUGGUGGAAAAGUGUAGGACCCAUUGUUAAAGCUCGAGAGAACUUUAACUGGGAAGCGUUUAAGGUAGCAAUUAAGGCUCAAUUCUUCCCCGAGCACAUUCGUAGGCAAAAAUACAAUGAAUUUAGUAGGUUCAACCAGAGCUAUAACAUGAGUGUCCAACAGUAUGCUCAGAAAUUUAAUGAGUAUGCCCGCUUUUGUCCAAUUGUAGUUCCAGAUGAGGGGACUAAGGCUCAGAAGUUUGAAAACGGACUUAAGUUUGAUCUUCAGACUCGAAUGGGAAGUAGUACCUCAACUACUUUCGCGGAGGCGUAUGCUAUGGCCUCAAAUUUAGAGAGAAUUAUACAGCGUGAGAAAGAAGUGCUAAGUAGACAUAAAAGGAAGGAACUUGCUAGUAAUAGCAAUAGCCAAGGGUACGAUAAAAGGCCCAACAACAACAACAAUGGUGGACGCUACAACAACCACAACAAUCAAAUUCUAGACAAUAGGCCCAACAAGGAAAUAGGAUACAAAGGAACUUCGUUUGCAAGAAGUGUGCCAAGAGUCAUCCAGGAUUCACUUGUUAGGGUGAAAGAAUUAAGAGUUUCGAAUGUGGAGAAAAUUCAAAGCCCCAAUGGAGGAAAUGCUGCUCAGAACGGAAACCAAAACAUCCACUCUUUUGGAGGUGGAAAUGGAGACUAUGGAAAGAAUGGCAAUGGAGGCUACACCAAUGGAAGAAUCAAUGUCAUGAGCCGAACGGAAACCGAAACCGAUGCUAACGUUGUGACUGCUUUCAUGGACCUCAUGAACAGAACUUUCCAGCCAUACUUGGAUAAGUUCGUGAUAGUAUUCAUCGACGAUAUAUUGGUGUACUCGAAGGAUACAGAAGAUCAUGAGGAUCAGUUGAGGAAAAUCAAGAGAUGGAAUUUGGAAAUAGUAGAACCCGGUUAUGUGAAAGCUCAAUUGAAUGCUCUUACUGUUGGACCGAAUAUAUUUGAGAUUCGGGAGAAACAAUUUGCAGAUAAGUGGUUGAGUAAGUUAAGAGAGAUGAAAGAAAGUGGUCAAGGACCGAAGUUCGAGAUUGAUGACAAUGGCGUUGCGAAGUAUAAACGGAGAUUGUGUGUACCAUAA